AUGCCCGCCGAAUUGCAGCUUUUCGUGGAUAAACACGUUCGCUACAUCCAGAGCCUCGACACGCGCAAAGACGAGCUCGAGUACUGGCUCACCGAGCACUUGCGCCUCAAUGGCCUGUAUUGGGGGUUGACGGCCCUGCACCUGCUAGGACAUCCGGACGCUCUCCCGCGCACUGGCAUCCUGGACUUUGUGUACUCCUGCCUGCACGAGAAUGGUGGUUUCGGCGCUGCUCCGGGGCAUGAUGCCCACAUGCUCUAUACGGUCAGUGCUGUGCAGAUUCUCGCGACCCUCGAUGCCUUCGAAGAAUUUGAAGAGCGCGUGGAAGGCGGGCGGCAGAAGGUUGGCAAAUUCAUCGCAGAUCUCCAAGACUCCGAGACCGGCACUUUUGCAGGGGAUGAGUGGGGAGAACGAGACACGCGCUUUUUAUAUGGCGCCUUGAACGCCUUGUCUCUGAUGGGGUUACUUGAUCUGGUUGAUGUGGAUAAGGCAGUCCAGCACGUACACUCCUGCGCCAAUUUUGACGGCGGCUAUGGCACGAGUCCUGGCGCCGAAUCUCACUCAGGCCAGGUGUUUACGUGUGUUGGAGCAUUGACCAUUGCGGGGAGGCUCGAUCUGGUCGAUCAAGACAGAUUGGGAGCUUGGCUCAGCGAACGACAGCUUAAGAACGGCGGGCUAAAUGGGCGGCCGGAGAAGAAGGAGGAUGUCUGCUACAGCUGGUGGGUAAUGAGCAGCAUGGCCAUGCUGAACAAGCUCCACUGGAUCGACGGCGAGAAAUUGACGCAAUUUAUCUUGCAAUGCCAGGAUCCUGAGUUGGGUGGCUUGGCCGACCGACCUGGAGACAUGGUGGACGUCUUCCACACAGUAUUCGGCAUUGCCGGACUCAGUCUGCUCAAACACCCUGGGUUGGAAGAAGUGGAUCCAGUGUAG